GUGAAGGCACCAUUCAUGCCUCGCAUCUGCUCGCAGUGCGCAUGUACGCUUCAGGACUCUCUCUGGCUCUCAUCAGCCGCGCUCCGUUAUCCCGGGCCGAGCUGUCAUCCACCAUCCACCAUCUCCAACUGUCAACCGCGUUUUUUUCCAAUUGCAACAACAGGCCUCGGAGAUACUCUUAGUGGGUCAAACGCAAGAAAAACCCUCUGUGUUUUUUUUUCACUGCGGAGAAGGAGCUUCUAUCGAGGAUUUUCUCUGCGCAAGAUGAAGUUGGACAGGGGUUGGGUGUGGCGCGUGCUGCUCCUGUCCCUGGCUGUGGCAGCGGUAGCUGCCCAGGAGAAGCAGUCGGAGGUGGACGUGUCAGAUCUGGAUGAAGAUAUGGGCUUAGACGAGGAGGAAAUGAAGGUUCUGAUGGCAGAAGAGGAGGAGGAGGAGGAGGAGGAUGCAACAGUGAUGGAUGAAGAGCAUUCUGAUGAGACAGACGGCACGGGCACGGCCAGCGGAAAUGCUGGAACUGAUGCAAAUGUGUCCUUCCAGGUAACAUACAAGACUCCUGUUCCCACCGGAGAUGUCUACUUUUCAGAGACGUUUGAUGAUGGAUCGCUGGACAGAUGGCAGCUGUCCAAGACAGUGAAGGGGGACGCAGAUGAUGAAAUCGCCAAAUAUGAUGGGAAGUGGGCUGUGGAGCAGCUGAAGGAGAACAAGGUUCCAGGAGACCAGGGCCUGGUGCUCAAGUCCAGGGCCAAACACCACGCCAUCGCCGCCCUGCUGGACAAACCUUUUGUCUUCCAGGAUGAACCUCUGGUUGUACAGUAUGAGGUAAAUUUCCAGGAUGGUAUCGACUGUGGUGGAGCUUAUAUCAAACUGCUUUCAGACACUGAUGAUCUCACUCUGGAACAAUUCCACGACCGUACACCCUACACCAUCAUGUUUGGACCUGACAAGUGUGGCGAGGACUAUAAGCUGCACUUCAUCUUCCGCCACCUGAAUCCUCUGAACAAAGAUACGGAAGAGAAACAUGCAAAGAGGGCCGACGUGGACCUCAAGAAGUUCUACACCGACAAAAAGACUCACCUUUAUACUUUGGUGCUGAACCCAGACAACAGCUACGAGAUGUUCAUCGACCAGUCCAGCGUGAGCCGUGGCAGCCUUCUGCAUGACAUGGUGCCACCAGUCAACCCGCCCAAAGAGAUAGAUGACCCAAAUGACUCCAAGCCGGAGGACUGGGAUGAGAGGGCCAAGAUUCCUGACCCCGAGGCUGUCAAGCCUGACGACUGGGAUGAAGAUGCAUCUGCAAAGAUUGAGGAUCCCGAUGCGUUGAAGCCAGAUGGCUGGCUGGAUGACGAAGCAGAGUUUGUGCCUGACCCAAACGCAGAAAAACCAGAAGACUGGGACGAGGAGAUGGACGGAGAAUGGGAGGCCCCACAGAUUCCUAACCCAGCCUGUGAGACGGCCCCUGGCUGUGGGGAGUGGAAGCGACCCAUGAUCAACAACCCUCAGUACAAGGGCAAGUGGAAAGCUCCUCUGGUGGACAACCCCAACUACCAGGGAGUCUGGAAGCCGCGUAAGAUCGAUAAUCCUGACUAUUUUGAGGACCUGCAGCCGUUCAGGAUGACCCCGUUCAAGGCCGUGGGCUUGGAAUUGUGGUCCAUGACCUCAGAUAUCUACUUCGACAACUUCAUUAUCACCUCUCACAAGGAGGUGGCCGACCGCUGGGCCUCUGACAGCUGGGGGCUGAAGAAACUGGUGGCCAGCGCCAACGAGCCGGGGAUUUUUGCUCAGCUGAUGUUGGCAGCAGAGGAACGACCGUGGCUCUGGGUGAUCUACAUACUGACAGUAGGCCUGCCCGUAGGACUGGCUGUGCUUUUCUGCUGGCCAAAGAAAUCCGAUGACUACGUUUACAAGAAGGUGGAUCUGCCCCGGGCCGAUGUAGAAGAGGAGGAAGAGGAGGAGGAGGAGGAGGAAGAAGAAGAGGAGGCAGCAGCAGAUAAGGAAGACAAAGCAGCUGAGGCUACAGAAGGCGCACCAGCUGCAGCAACAGAGGAAGCUGAGGAGGAGGAGGAGGACGACAAUGGUGUUGAUGCAGGAGGAGACAAUCUAGGGGGAGAUGAUGACGAUGAAGAAGAAGACGAGGAAGAGGAGGAGGAAGAAGAGGAGGAGAGCAAAGCUCCUGAGAGAACAUUAGAAGAUGAGCCGAAGGAGGGAGGAGACGUCGCCGAAGAGAGCCACAAACAAGCCGUGAGAAAGAGGAGGGUACGGAAAGACUGAAGAGGUGAUCCCCCACGCCUACUGUCUCCAUUCUCCCCCGACGGGGAGGAGGUGGAAGGGCCGUCUCUGCUGCUCCCCCCUCUCUCUCUCUGAGCAGAACAGCAUGUGUUUCCUCCAAACCACCUGGUGGCCUGCAGUCACCCCGGCUGCCCCACCACACGUCUCCCUCCAUCCCUCGGCUACACCCAUCACAGGUCCGCAGUCUUCCCCCCGACCACUUCCUGUAUCAUUCCUUUCUCCCUCAUCUCGUCUCUGUUCAUUCACCCGUCAGAUGAAUCCCCUGGAGAUUUUGUGCAUUUAGCUGUUUUCCCUCCUUUAUCCUCAGCUUUCAAGCAUCCUUCUUUCCCCUCUCUUAUCCAUUGCUGUCAAAAUACCUGUCAGCCUGAAAAGCCCCGCCUCUUCCACCUCUGUUCCUGUUCGCCCCGUCUGUGCUGUCAAGUCUUCUCUCUGAAUAUACGCCAUCGUAGAUCUACCAGUCAGUCUGUCUCCCGAGAGCGAAGGCAGCAGAGAGCGUCUGCGCUGCUGUCGACUCCGCUCGUUCAUACCACUUCAGCAUAUCAUAGGGGCUCCAUCUCAGAAGUUAGACUUUAUUCUUGUGUCCUUUGUUUUAAAGAACAUGUUCGAGGACACGGUUUGACAAAGUUCCUUCCUUGUUUGAAGUUGUUGGGGUUUCAAGAACAGGCCAGGAGGAGAGGAUGCCAGGCUGUGAGGAAAGGCUGUGUGAGAUGUUACUGCCGUGUCGGGACAUUUCAGCGGGAAAAGUCGCCUCAGCUUAGGUUUAAAAGAUUACCUCUUUAAAAAAAAUGGAUGUUCUGUUUAGAUUUUAGGUAGUUUGUAAGGAGUAUUAGUUACUUUUCUGUGUGUUUUUUACUAAGUUAUAGCAAUUUAAGGAUUGAGGAUUAGCACUGAUAACCAUAUUUAUUGGUUUUGUUUCAAAUCUGUUUUAUGCCAGUAUGAAUUAAGAUUUAAUAAUGCAGUGUUUUGGGUGACUUGAAGCAGUUUUCUCAAAUAUGAUAUGCUUACUCUGAGCCUAGGUCCGUUUUGAAAUGUUUUACCUGAGUAAAGUUUAUGAUCAAAGCACUGACUUUGAACGCCUUGGCCAUCAUUUGUCAGUUAGACACAAUAAACGUGGGUUUCUGCAGCAAAACAGCUGGACAUGUCUCAGUCAGUACACAGCAGUGCUUUCCCAAAAUAUCUAGACUAGCUGGAGUUCUGACCCUAGAUUGUUGCCUGGGGAAAAUGUUGAUGCUAAUUUAUUUGUUUUUGUUUUUUUUUUAAUUAUUAUUAUUGUCUCAAGCUUUUGUAGUUCACGUUCUUGCCAGAUGCUGGCAGAUAUCCCUGUUUACAUUUGUUUGCAAAUUGUACAUUGCUCUUGAAAAUAAAACUAUUUAAUACAAAAACUGUUGUCAGACAUCUGAUCAAAGGCACAUUUUUCUCAUUUUGUGAAGAAUCUCCAUGCAGAUAUGCUCAUGUUUAGGUUGUAUAGGUGAAAAAUGACCCAGAGAAAAGAGUGAUAUUAGGUUUUUAUUAAAACAAAAACAUUUAAAAGCAAAAGGUGCAGGGUGUCUACACACAGGACAAGAUGGUACCAGGGUGUGUGUAGGUUGGGCAUAGACAGCAUGCCAGAAAUUAAUGAAAUACUGUACAACUGUUAAAAAUAUCAAAAUAACGCCAUUAAAUUACAGCAUAUACAGUGUUUAUAGCCUCCUGUAAUAUAAGCAAUUCCUCCCUUUUUAAACAGCACCAAAGUCACUCAAUGUUUAUACAUGAAUUACUACUUUCCAGACAUCAACUGGAUACUUUAAAGGGAAUAAAACCGUUUUCCAAAUUUAAAUUUUCUUGUUUUCUUUUUCCCUCUCUCUGAGGCAGCAGCGGUCUUAGAGGACACACCCUCCGUUCUGCUGUAGAGCACAUUUUACGGUCAUACCAUCCUCUGGCAGGCGAUGUAGCGAAGGCCUGGCAGAGUGGAUCAAUAGCACUCAAGGCCUCUUAACUGCUUUUGUUCUUGCAGUUAAAGGGGAGAGCGUCUUAUUCUUCCCUCGUCUGUCUUCUUUAGCCCGCUCAGCCCCCUCCCCCCCUCAUGGUUGUUACAGGAUGAGGACACCAAAAGCAAUAUGCAGUGUUUGUCUGUCGUCCUGCAAUUCAACCAGGAAAGACCUGAGCUGCGUUUAUGACCCCACCGUUUCCUCUGUCGUUGUGUUCAAUUAUGCUUUGGGCCACAAUACUCAUUUGUGACUUCAUACAUUUAAAUGAUUACAAAUACUUUUAAGUACAGAAAGAAAAUCUUGUGUCAGCAAUAAAAACAUCACUGAUGUUAAUUAAGAUCUAAACUUCUAGUCGACACAACUCGUAGUUUCUCUGUGCUUUUACUUCUAUAGUUGCUGAGCUCUCAAUGGUACUUGAAUGCAUCUAGUAUCCACCUACUGUUGUUAAAAAGUUCUCAGCAGCUUUAUACAGUAUUAUUGAUUUAAUAACAUUUCAUUAGAUAUGCAAACCUGUCCAACAAAAA